CUGACCACCAGAGUGUGAGAGGCUUCAUCCAAAGCACACUUCCAGACAUCCUGACCACAUACAGUGUUUGGCAAACCAUCUACCAGAUUUGGGACACUACGACUUCCUGAACUACUUAGUGUUUGGACUUCUAAACAUACCAGAGAUGCUAAAGGCAGACAAAAGUACAGAUGCCUAACAGUAUUUCAAGGCAGAUUUCAUGUUGGAAUGUUAUGGGAAAUUCCUGAUGAAGAAAAAUACCUUAUUAUGACAAAGUGUUGGAGCAGGAAAAUCCACACUGAAUAUAAUGGGAGUAGGAUGUGGAUCAGGCGAGAUUGACAUGGAAAUCCUCACACAGCUGCAUGCAAAAUAUUCUGGGGCCAGGGUGGAGUACGAAGUAGUGGAACCCAAUAGGGACAUGCUGGAUAAAUAUAAAGGUUUAGCAUUGAAGACACCUGGCCUUGAUCAUGCCACCUUCAGAUUUCAUAUGAUGACGGCAUCCGCGUUUGAGAGCGACUGGAAGCAGAGAAACCCUGACAGGAAGAUGGACUUCAUUCACAUGAUUCAGAUGCUGUACUAUGUGAAGGAUCCAGAGAUGACAGUUUCCUUCUUCCGAAGCUUACUGCGCAAAGAUGGCAAACUUCUCAUCAUCCUGGUCUCAGGAGAUAGUGGGUGGAGUGGUUUAUGGAGACACUACCAUAAUCUGGUGCACAGCAGUCCUGUCACAGCUGCAGACAUCAAAAGCUUCUUAGAUGCCAAAGAAAUCCCUUACAAGAGCUACAGUUUUGUGUCCACUUUUGACAUCACUGAGUGUUUCACAACCAGAGAUGAGAAAGAAGAGCUGAUGCUGGAUUUUCUGACGGGGAUACCAGAGUUUAGUAAGAGUACUUCACCAGAGCUGAAGGCUAGAGUGCUGGAGAUCCUCAAACGCCCAGAGUGCAGCCAAGAGGGACUAAAUCUAAGUCAACUUUUGGAGCUCGGGAUUCCCAGAAUGGAAAAGGAUCAACCAAAGGAUAACAAGCUGGAAUCAGGAGACUGUUAACCAAAUGUACAACUUUAGAGAAUAUAGGACGAAAGUGAAUAUUAAGGUCACAAUUUUGUUCUUCUAGAAGACAUUUUUUUUUUUGUUGGAUGAUCUUCAAAAGAUCUAUAUUUAAUUGCACUUUGAGUUUGUUUGAAUUCUCUUCUUAGAUCCAAAGGCAUAAUAGGGCAGUCCAUCUCCAAAACAGAGAUAGGAGUACACUGAAGAGAACCAGUGCAGAUUCUAAGGCAUUGAUUUUGAAUAACAUCUAAUUUUCUUUUCCUAGAAAUACUUGCAGUAUCAAAUUUCACAACCAUAAUAAAGACAUGAUAGAAUUAGAGAUUUAUAAAGAAUGAUCAUUGUUUCUUUGUCAAUAUCCCACUUGCUGCCACAUAACUUUACAAACAUUUAUUCCUUUACAACAUUUAUUUAUGAGAUAAUCAAUGUGAGUUUUCCAUGUCAGUUUGUAGUCAAAAUAAAGGCCUAAAAACUUUA